UCAAACAGAAUCAACCAAUUAACAGAUUCCCCCUUAUUCACUCGCAAAAUGGCCACCCCCAUCAAAAUCACCCUCAUCGGCGCCACCGGCUCGAUCGGUAAAAUUAUCCUGAAUGCCCUCAUCGCCCACCCCAACUUCGCCGUGACUGUCCUCUCCCGUCAGGACUCCCCCGCGACCACCUUGCCAUCGGGCAUCACCGUCCACAAAACCGACUACUCGUCCGCCAGCCUGGAGACUCUCCUCCGUGGCCAGGACGUGCUCAUCUCUGCCGUCGGCGCAGGUGCUUUCCCCGAGCAACAGAAGUUCAUCGACGCUGCCAUCCGCGCCGGCGUGAAGCGAUUCAUCCCGUCCGAGUUCUCAACCAGCAGCCAGGACGAUGAGGUGCUCAAGAUCCUGCCCAUGUUCCAGCAGAAGCGGGACGUGAUCAACUACCUGAAGGAAAAGGAGAAGGAGGGCUUAAGCUGGACCGGAAUCGCAACAUCUGGAUUGUUCGACUGGGGCCUCACCGCCGGCUUCCUCGGCUUCGAUCUCAAAGAGCACACUGCCCUGAUUUGGGAUGGCGGAGUCACCCGGUUCACUUUGACGAACGAAAAACAGCUCGGGGACUCAGUCGCGUCUGUGAUUUUGCAUCCCGAGGAAACCAAGAACCGGUUCGUGUAUGUUGCCUCUGUUGAGUUGACGCAGAAGGAGGCCUUGGAGACGCUGGAGGACGUUACUGGUGUCAAAUGGACGGUGACGGACACGACAACCGAGACGCAGAUUUCCGAGGGGUUUGCGAAGCUUGGUGAGGGGAAGAUUGAGGGUGCGUUUGCGCUAGUUCGUGCCACUGCUUUUGGGAAUACCCCUGGUCUGAAGGUGAAUUAUGUCAGAGAUGAGGAAUUGGCGAAUGAAUUGUUGGGGCUGAAGAUGGAGAAUUUGAGGGAGUCGAUUGAGAGGGUGGUUAAGGCUGACUCUAACUGAGAAUGAUGCUAUAAAUUAGGGAAUAGCCUUUUCUUAAAACAGGGUUGUUAUUGUCAG